AUGACUGCCGAUAAAUCCCCCCAUCACACCUCCUCAACCGGACCUAAGUCACCCCGUUCACCCACACGAUCGCACUCACUGAACACCCAGCAGACGUAUAAGAGUCAUUCCUUGACAGAUCCUUCAUCUCCCUCAUCGUCGGCUCACAAAUCCCAUGCUAGGCCUGCUGGACCUAGGUCACCUGAACAUCACAGAGCACCUAAAUCCGAUCGGCGAGAUGGACCGGGAUCAUAUCGAACGAAAUACCGUACUGUACCUAUUCCAGCUCAAUCAGAGUAUACGCCAAUCAUCCAAGAAGAUCUAUUCCAACUUCAUGCCCCAUCUCAACCUAUUCCAUCAUCCCCUCCUGCUUUGGCAUCAGCUGAAGACGCGCCUCAUGCGCCCUAUCGACCUCCUGAAGCAGUGAUAGAACCUCCUGAAGAACAUCCUCCAGGAUAUACGCCAGGCAUAGUCGCUGAGCAUAUUGGGUCAGACGACGAAAUGGGUCCGCCACCGGAAUCACCAUCGAUAUUGUUACAGGAUAGUCAAACAACCUUGGGUGGUGAGAAGGAUAUGAAGAAUGACAUUGAUAGUUGGAAAUCGGAUGUCAAGUCCUAUCCUAUGGAUAUAGAUCCUUCGUCAAAUACGGCAUCAGAUGAACCUACCCGACCCCAGAUCGGACGUGGUAUCUUACCUAGACGACUACUUCAAAUCAUACAUGAGCACGAACUGGUCCAACCGAAUAUAACGGAAUUACCCCAACCUUCUAAGAAACCUCACGGUCAAGGUCAGGGUCAAACCUCCUCAUCAGCAGGAAUAGCAUGGAACGGUACCAACAAAAACUUAACUUCCUCUAGACCAAACUCAAUAGCUUCUUCCUCUGGAUUGGCUGCGCCUCCUAGUCCGUCACCAUCCACUGCGUCUAUGCGAUCUUUACCUGACUCAGAAAGGAUAUCAACGCUAGAUGACGUAUGGGAUGCUCUGCCCGGUCAGAAGGAAGGUCAUGAAGAAUGGUAUUUCUGCACGACCUGCUGGGGCUGGCUACGUGUCACCGCUGGACAAGGUGAUCCUCCUAUCAUACAAAAUAUGGAAGAAUGGGAAAUAUCGAUUCGAUCUGAUGCAAUGUUCGAAAAUAAGGAUGAUUACGAUAAAGCGUACGAUGAUAGAUUAGCAGAGUACAAGAAAUAUAAUGAUCUCAUGACCUCAAGAUUAUUGGCUGAGGAAAAUCAUCAUCACUUGCAUGGUUUCUUAACCCUCACUGAAGACUCCAAGGAAGAAAAAAGGAUAGAAAGGGUGGAAGUAGAUGAGAAGAUGAAUGUUUUCCCACAUAUAACUUUCGGUUUACAAGAUGAAGAAAAUCCGAAUUUAACUUCUUUUGACAAACCACAGAGUCCUUCAAGAUUGUUUUUGAGCUGUUCAUCUGAGUUAUGGGUCAAAGUAGAUAAAGGUCUAGUUCCCGGUCAGAUUCCUCUGGGUUUGGUACAGACUUUCACCAAUGAGAAGAUGAGUAAUCCAGCUAUAGGGUAUGAAGGCAGGGGAGCGAAUGGUGUCAGUGAAGCCUGGAGUCUACUAACUACCCUAUUGAUGAAUCCUCUUUUCAAAGGUCAACGGGGAUGGGUCAAAUUAGAUAAUCCAAAAUUCCAGAAACAGAUUGGAGCAAGUAUGACUUCUUCUCAUCUUUUAUACCAGAUUGGUUUCGCAUGUCAACAGGAAGAAGAUGGAUUGAGAGUGGGCCCUUUCAAAGUAAGCGACGAACCCUCUGAAGAGGAUAGGAGGAAACAGAGACAGAUGGAUCAGUAUAUGAUAAGAGUAUGGGUGGAGAUUACACUCUACUUGAUCGCUUAUCAACAGCGUAAUACUGUGGAUGCCACUGUAUUACCUUUCAUACAAUCCGUCCCACUCGAAAACAGCCUGAAAGGUAUCAUCGAAUUGGAUAAAUAUCCAAAAGGUACCACACCAUACGGUGAUACCGUUAAAAGUGCCUUGCAUACCCUAGGAGUGACCAAGCAAGAUAGAGCACAGACUAUCGAGAUCGCCUACGGACUGCAGAUAUCGUGUGAUGCCGAAAGUGCACCGAGCUACUUGAGUGCAUUGGAGAAGAUCGCUGAAGCACCGAUAUAUGGAAGGGAGAGCUUACAAAUGAGAGUUGCUCUGGAACGAUCUUUAGAUAAAUACAGUUCAGAUGACCUUGAGCGAGCGUACCACGCCAUAGGAUAUACGCCCGAGUAUGCUGAAUCCAUCUUUGUGCCUCGCGAAGAAGCGCCUGAAUCUCAUAUCUUGGAGCUUCACAAGCAAGCCGUGCAGUCCGCUUCUUCAGCUCAGGAAAAACAAAACCUUUCUAGAGCGUUAGUGAUCAUUGGCAGACACAGAAAAUCAGAAUUGAUGAAAAACAUGGGAGAAAAUGGGGAAACCCUCAUGACCGUCCAGGAAGCUUAUUCAGCACUGAAUUGUCCUGAAGAUGCCAUCGACGACGGACUGUUGAUGCAAUACGAGAUGGCCGUCAACGAGUACCCUGGAAAAGCGGACCAUUAUCGAAAGUGCCUAUCUAUCAUAGCUGAUGCCCCCGGACAAGAGAGACCUGGUGUCAAGACAUUUUUGCAGACUGGUUCGAGGGAACCUGAAGCUCCUGCUAGGAAAGACAUCCCGGUUGGGUUGCACAAUAUCGGCUAUCUCAAUUCCAUUUUGCAAUAUCUUUACUCGAUCAAACCCCUUCGAGAUGCUGUGCUUUCAUUUGAGCAGCAUCAAACACAGCCUGCCACAGCUAAGAAAGCAGAUGUGGAGAGGUCGAAACGAUUCGUUCGACAACUUCGUCUACUGUUCUUGCAAUUGUAUAAAUCCGAAUCACCUUCCGUUCGACCAGACGAAGAACUCGCUUAUUUAGCGAUUACUCGACCGGAAGUAGACGCUAUCGUUGAGCCCCCUCAACCUGAACAGGCUACAACAUCCAAAUUCUCGUUAGACGAUAUACCCGAUAUUCCUGAUGUUCCCUCACCUUCUUCAACACAAGUGGCCACUCCUAUCUCUUCACCGGAACUCAAGCCUGCUCAAGCAGAUUCUUCGACAUCAACCGUGACAGCGAGGGAAGAUAGAGAAUCUUCGGUCUUGGGUAAAAGAGCAAGUGAAGAUAGAGAUGAUUCCUCCAGUCCUUCAGGGGGAGGAGUGACAAGGCUUAAAUCUGAUGAGACGAAUACUCAUGCUACGUCGCCUAUGGAGAUAGAUGAUUUUGAACUUGUGCCCCGACCGGAUAACCCCGAAAGUGAAGUACAACCAGUACAACCUGAUUCACCAUCUGCUACCAUGGAUUUGGGUCAUUUAGAUCUGAAAUCACCAAUCCCUGAAACAAAGGAAGAAUUUUUCCGGCAACCAGGACCGCAGGAGCAAGAGGAGGUGAAGUAUGAUCCACCAAGUGUGCCUCCCCCUUUACCACCUCGACCUAAUCUAGCUAAGAAGGAUACAUUAAGUUCAGGUCUUCGUUUCGGGUUACAACAAGAUUCAGCUGAAGUUCUGAUCAACGUAUUAUCGCAACUUGAACUAGCUCUAGAUGAACCUUCUGAUCAAGAUGGCCAAAAGGGGUCCAAUCUGAUACAAAGCUUGUUUUCAUGUAAAUACAAACAACAAAUCAUAUAUGAAACUGCUUCUCCCUCACGAUCGCCCAGUGGACCAGGAGGAAGGAGAGAAUCAAUAACGUACGAAGCUCAGAAACCCGUUGAAUCGGUAUUUGUCCAUCCUAUCAUAGGUGUCGAAGAGGAAGGUAAAGAUUUAUCGGAUUGUUUGGCGGAAUUGUACCUUAAAGGAGCGGAUAUAGAAUACGAAGGGAAGAAAGGGUAUAUGAUGGAUCUGAUGGAUGUGUUUCCCGAUAUGCUUUAUAUCCAAAUGAGGCGAUCUCAAUAUGAUCCUUCGACUGGACGAGAGCGAAAGACGAAUACUCAUAUUCCGUUCAGUCAGACUUUGUCCAUGGGUAGAUUCUUGGUUGGUGCUGAUCCAAGAAAGAGAGAGGAAGCUAUCGAGGUGACUAGGGAGAUGGUAAGGAUUCGGACCAGAUUACAUCAAUUGAGGAAUCAUAAGCCACUAUCAAUCCCCGAUACGUUCAAACACGUUACAUCCUCUCUACGUCACUUGAUUGAAAACCAAAAUCAAUCUGAAUUGUAUAUGCCAGAACUAUCUGAUGAUCUUACUCCGGAUCUACUAAAAGGAUUAGAAAUAGAAUUACAAUCUGUUGAUAGUGAGAUUGUGAAUUUACAAGAAUCAUUACCAAAAUUGAAAUCACGUAUGGAUGAAAUUUGGAACGACAACGAAACUUCUGGAGAGGAUGAAUGGGAAUAUGAAUUGGUUAGCGUUUUCAUGCACAGAGGGAAAAAUUCAGGUUCGGGACAUUACUGGACUUAUCAAAGUUGGUUACCUGAUCAUUCCGAUACAUUCUUUAAAUACAAUGACGAGACCGUCACUCAAGUUCCAUCUUCAGAGGUACUGCAAGAUCGCACAGGGGAUGAUGCGAAUCCCGCUUUGUUGUGUUAUGUUAGAAAGGGAAAGAGGUUGAUAGAUACUUUACAUCGAGAGAUAUUGGAAAUACAACAACAAGAACAAGCUGAAAGUGAAGCCUCGGAGAAAAUGGAAAUAGAAGCGGAUAUUCAAUCAAAUCAGAAACACAAUCAAAGUGCAGAUGUAGAGGAUAAGAAAGAAGAAGUUAACUUAAUUGAUCUGUAG